CCUCUUUCUUGCAACCUCAAGCCACAUAUAUUUGAUAUUUCUCUCAUGAGUCAUGACCUUGCCUUAGAAUUUGUUGUCAAGUCUUAUUACAUUUCUUCCAAAAUCUCAUAUCUUAUAUACUUUCUUUUCCUUUUUUUUUUGUUCUUUUCAGUAACAGACAGACAACUAACUUCUACUUCAUAUUCAGAGAAGAACAUUUGAUCCCAGAUCCCAGAAUUUUCUUAGAAUCCUCCGACAUCUUUGAAAUUUGAAAAAGAUUGCCCCUUUUUAACAUUUUUUAUUCUCUCUAUCCUAUAAAUUCAAACACCCCCUUUACACUUUAUUGACUUCCUAGUCCAAGCCAUUUUUGCCAAAUUUCAAGGCUUUGAUGUUGGCCUAAAAGUUUGAAUUGUGUACCUGCUUUCUCUCUUUACCACACGUAUAUCACGUCAUUGAAUUAUUCUUCUUCAUACUAUUUACAACCUCUUUCUAUUUUGUACCACUUCUCAUGGUCUUUUCUUGAUAAAUAUUGGAAAUAAUCAAAUAAGCAUAUAUGAUAUAUUGACAUGUGUUCACAAACAAGCCUUCCUAGAAUAUCUUUCUCCCAUGAUCUUGUCCAAGCAGAUGUUGGACCACUACUCAGCAUGUCUGAUCAAACAGACUCAUCAUCAUCAUCAUCAUCGCAUUUGGGCUCAAAUUCUGAUUUUGAAUUCAACAUUAGCAGCAGCUUAUUUGAGCAUGAAUCUUGUUCAGCAGACGAGCUUUUCUCCAAUGGGGUACUUCUUCCAAUUCAUGAUAAAGAGAGAUUUCUUGCUAACAAAGAAGUCCAUAGUUGUCAACCUCGGCCUAUUGCUCCUCUUCCUCCUCUUCGUCGUGAUAACUCAUCAUCAUCGAAGAAAGAAGCCAUGGUUAUAAAUUCAGAUUUGGAGCAAAAGCAUGUAUCCACGGCGACCAAGUCUUUCUGGGGUUUCAAGAGAAGUGCUAGUCUCGAUAAUUUUGACAAUAAGAAGAGCUUUUUACGCUCGUUACCGCUUCUGUCACGAAGCAAUUCAACUAGUUCAUUGGACCCAAUUCCAAAAAGAACAACGCAGAAUAAGGAAGUUCACAAGCACAAUUCACAGAAACAAGAAUCUAUUUCAUUGCCAAGGUCAUCAUCUUUUUCAUCUUAUACUAAAUUGCAGCAGAAGCCUCAGUUGAAAAAGAGUUAUGGAGAAUCUUUAAAUGCGGUUCAGAUUAGUCCUGUUUUGAAUAUACCACCUCCUUACAUUUCUAAAAGGGCUCAAAAUCUCUUCAAUUUUGGUUCUUUUUUACGUGAUGGGAAGGAUAAAAAGAGCAAGAAAUAGUUUUCACUUUGCUUUUCCUUCAUUGAACAGAUAGUUGGAUUUUCACUUCUGUAUAGAUUUUAUGGGUUUAGGUUCAAUAAUUAGUGGAUUUUCCUUACCUGAUGAGUCCAGACAAAGAUCAUGGAAAUUUGUAAAGGACCAAGUAUUAUUGAGCCUAAGAAGAUAUCUACGAAAGAAGCUAAUUGUAUUAAGGUAUAAAAUAAACGCAUAUGAUGAGAAAGAGAUAAAGAGGGAGGGAUGGAGCCUCAUGGAAUUGAAUUUCCUGCAUUUCAAAAUGUCACAAGCUUUGGACCAGGAGACACACACAGCAUAGUGAUUCUAGAGACAAUCAAUCCUAUAUCCAAUUUCAAAACUUGUUGACUUGUGUGAUUGUGAGUAGUCAAAGUGAAAUGAUAGGUUGCACAAGGCAGAAAAUGUAAAAUACUCACGAUCACACAAGUUAAUAAGUUGUAAAAUUAAGAAUAUGAUUGAUUGUAUACACAGCAAGAGGUCCCCCUUCUUUCUAGUUGUCCCAACGUUGUUUUCCUUUCAAUUUCUCUUCAUUAUAUAGGUUGGUAGGUAGGUUACUUUUUGUUUAAUAAGCCGCUUUGUUGUCUAUGUAAAUCCUAAUGUACAUAUAAUUUUCAAUUGGUUGUUUCUUUAUGAGAGAAGCUUUUUGCUCUCAUAAGUUUUGUUCUUAUUAUAAGAUUAAAGACAAACCCCGGCUUGA